UGUAUUUCCAAAUCGAACCGCCAUUUAUAUUGCAUCAAAAAAUAGGAAAAUUUGAUCUGAGUGAUCUAUGAAGUUAAAAAAUUCACGUGCAAUUACUAAACAAUUGUGUAUUAAAUAACAAAAGUUCGUAACAACUCAAGUAAUCGUAAAACCAUGUCGCAGUUCAAUUUUGUAAGCGAUUUGCAAAAUGCAUUGAUCAUGGAUGGGGAGACGCGAGGACCUGCUCCUCGGUGGAAGAAGAAGCUGGAGGCGUCCCUUAAUGGAAGUGCAAGUACCACCCGGUCGGUGCUGUCUGUCUCUUAUAACACCAGUUUUUCGGGAGUCCAAGCGCCCACCAAAACACCGGGAAAGAGCAACGAGGGGAAAGCCAAGAAGUCCACAACAACGCCUACCAAGACGCCUGGGGGCGGAGAUCGAUUCAUCCCGAAUCGUGCAGCUACGAACUUUGAGUUGGCGCAUUUUCUGGUAAACAAAGAUUCUGGCGACAAGUCUGAAGAGGAAAACGAGAAGGCCACUACCAGCAACAGCAACGAAAGUAAUGUCCAGGCUUCUGCUCACAAGGGGGAACGGCAGAAGCUAAUUUCCGAGGUGGCCCAGGUCGGCGAUUCAAAAGGUGGGCGGAUUUUAUGCUACCAAAAUAAGGCCCCUGCUGCUCCGGAAACCCACAACAAUCCUUUGAAAGUUGUAUACUCCGUAAAGACGCCUAUAUCCACAAAAAGUGGCUCACGUUAUAUACCCACAACAUCAGAAAGAAUUCUGGAUGCACCUGAUUUCAUCAAUGAUUACUAUCUUAAUCUUAUGGAUUGGAGUGGCGACAACAUUGUGGCAGUUGCCUUGGGCAGCUGCGUUUAUUUGUGGAACGCUCAGACUGGAAAUAUUGAACAGCUUACUGAAUUUGAGGAGGGCGACUACGCAGGAUCUCUUUCGUGGAUCCAGGAAGGUCAGAUUCUAGCCAUUGGUAACAGCACUGGUGCCGUGGAACUGUGGGACUGCUCCAAGGUGAAGCGCCUGCGAGUAAUGGAUGGACAUAGUGCCCGAGUGGGGUCCUUGGCCUGGAACUCGUUUCUGGUUUCCUCAGGCAGUCGGGAUGGUACCAUUGUUCAUCAUGAUGUGCGUUCACGGGAUCACAAGUUGUCCGCCCUGGCUGGACACACUCAAGAGGUUUGUGGUUUAAAAUGGUCAACGGAUUUCAAGUAUCUGGCCAGCGGAGGCAAUGACAAUCUGGUAAAUGUGUGGUCUGCGGCCAGCAGUGGUGUGGGAACUGCCAGCGAGCCCUUACAUAAAUUCAACGAUCAUCAAGCUGCAGUGCGAGCAUUGGCUUGGUGUCCCUGGCAACCAAGUACUUUAGCCUCUGGAGGCGGCACCGCCGAUCGUUGCAUCAAAUUUUGGAAUGUUAACAAUGGCACUCUCAUGAAAUCUGUAGACUCCAAAUCACAAGUUUGUUCGCUGCUGUUUUCCCGUCAUUACAAGGAGCUGAUUUCUGCCCAUGGAUUUGCCAACAAUCAACUGACAAUUUGGAAGUAUCCAACUAUGGUGAAGCAAGCCGAUUUGACUGGGCACACGUCGCGUGUCCUGCAGAUGGCCAUGUCACCGGAUGGUAGCACCGUUAUUAGCGCUGGAGCUGACGAAACUCUGCGCCUAUGGAACUGCUUUGCUCCAGAUCCCUUGGCGUCGAAAAAAGCGGUUUCGAAUAGCAAAGCCAAGCAGAGCGUGUUUCGGCAGAGCAUCCGUUAGAAGGAUUAAUCCUUCACUAGAACUGUUUUAACUGCCAUUGGGUGAAGCUCUUUAUUCACCGCCUUGAAUGCUUAUUUGAGAGUUAUGUUUAAAAAGCGGAAGGGGAAUUUUUCCAUUCUAGACAAUUAUAUUUUGCUUUGCCAAUUUAUUUAUUCCCGUUCCAAGUUUCGAUUUUUUGUAAUUAUGGAUAAAUCAUUAAAUGUUACCCCCACUGAUAUAUUAAUAAAUAAAUUUUGUCGAUUACUUUUAUUUCUUAGAGUUAAGUUUGUGUGCGUAUAAAUAAAAUGCUUGACAUUCUG